CAUCUCAACCGUCUAUUCUAUUCAUUCGAACGGCCAGACAUGGAUAACUAUAUAAAUUGAGCAGCGAGGUACAGAAACACCGAAAUUACGUGAAGCUCCGUCCUUUUGGUCGAAGUUUUUGGCAAAAAUUGAAAGGCUUCGCGAUUCGACCGGUCGUGAACAGUCUCGCCAUUGCAUGUGAUGUUUCAGGCUGGACCGUGUACUCUUUCUCUUUAAAUCUUUGCUUUUCUGCAAUAUUGGCGUGCUAGGUUUACUGUAAUCUAGUGUCUCAAGGGACUCUCCCUCUGCAAUGGAGUACAUAGACGAAGAAAGCAAGCCAAGGUUUCAGCUUCAAUCUCAAAAUUCUUCUCCUCAAUCACAACCUACGCACCGUAUCAACAAAACCCACGCAGCAAUCUGCAUUUCCAUAGGAAUCCUCCUCUUCUCUUACUCCAUUCUUCUCCAGAAUGGAGCUUCACAACUCGUCAUGGUUUGGAUCGCUUUUUCUCUUGUCGUAGGCCCAUUUGCCCCAAUCUCCGUUACAGGUGGUGAUAUCAGAGUUGGAGUUGGAGAACUCCUUGAAGAAGAACCAGAUCAUCAAGAAGUUGUAGAAUCAAAGCGAAAACCUGCAACAAUUAGGGCAAAAUCCAGAAGAUCUGAGCCUGCAGCCGCUGAUUUCCAGUCCUUUAGCUCCAGUUCUAAUGGCAAUCAAGAAAAAAUGACGAACGUCAGUGAGAAACUGGGUGAUAAUGGAGAUCAAAAGGAAAAUCAAUGUGAAAAGGAAUGGAAUGAUUCAGAUCUUGAUUUGUUAAGGAAACAGAUGGCUAAGCACCCUCCUGGUAAGCCAGGGCGUUGGGAUCUCAUUGCUCAAGCUUUCAAUGGAAAGCAUGGACUGGAAAGCAUCAUAAAAAUGGCGAAGUCUCUUUCAGAGAAGAAGCCUGGUGGCAGCGACUCGUAUGCUCAGUUUUUGAAGCAGAGAAAACCUUUGGAUGACAGGGUUUCAGACACUGAGAGAAAGGAAGAGAGUGAAAAUGCUGUUUGGAGCUCAGGAGAAGACAUUGCUCUUUUGAAUGCCCUUAAAGCUUUUCCAAAGGAGACUCCAAUGAGGUGGGAGAAAGUUGCAGCUUCAGUUCCUGGAAAGUCAAAGGCCAGUUGUAUGAAGAGACUUGCAGAGUUGAGAAAAGAUUUUCGAAGUUCUAAGGCUUCAGAUACCUGAUUUUUGUUCAAAAUUCAAGAAAUUGAUAUCUUUUUUCAGGUAAUGCAUGGCCAAAGCAGAGAAAUUUUGUUGUCUUUGAGAGCUUGAUACUUCAUUGAUUGAGGAAGAAAAUUUUCAUGUAUGCAGGCCAACCUUGCAUACAGAUCUGCAUUUAGAUGCAUGGCAUGCACUAGUGAUGAGGUUUUUUUUUCUACCCCAGAUUCAUACAAGACAUGGGCCUUGUGCUCUGAAUCCCAUUUGACCUGAAAAGGGCUCGCCUUUUAGUGUCUUUAGACUAUACGAAAAGGGUGAAAUGGAGUAAUUUUUUUCUGUAGUUUUUUUAAUUAUUGUCUGAUUAUUUUGUAAUGUUUUAGAAUACGUAAUUCCAAGUUUUAGUAAAACAUAUGGUAUAUCUUUUCCGAGAGAA